CCGGCCUGUGAAAUGUCAGGGAGGAAUGGCGCUCGGCGCGGUAUUUUGAACAAUCGCCCUUUCCUUUCCUCGCUUUAUCUGGAUCCGUCGCUCAGCGUCAAAAUCUUGGUAUCAACAGAGAGCUGACACUUGGAUGCCAGGAUGGAUGUGGUGUCACCAGAGCUCAACAGCCUCCUGCCUGAUGAGAUCAUGGAUACUGAGGCCAUAGAGGACGUCCCUCACACACAACUUGAAGCCACCGCCAUGGUGAAGUCAGGGGCCAGUGACGACACACCGGUCCCCAUGGAAACGGAUACACCCAUGGCUUCUGAGAGCUUGGGCCUGUGUUCAGGUGCCACCUCAACAGAACACACUCGGGCUCUGACCACGACCACAGACUCUGCACUCAGCAUCAUCUCGGGAAGCCAAAUUCCGAUCUCAAUUUCCAGUUCAUCGUCGCCCCUGCUUACCCUCAAAUCAGCCCUGUGUACAUCCACCACCAAAACUACAGACUGUGUGACUGUGACUGCGACUGACUGUAGCGUCUCCACGGGUGGGUUAACGAGGCUCACAGCGCCGUUCACUAUCUCUCCCGCGAACCACCAGAUCAUUCUCAACAAGGUGGCCUCGUCUCAGGCCACUGAGGCAGCGAAGACUGCUGGCCCGUCGCCCCAAGUCAUCAAGCAGGAUGGACAAAAACUCUUGGUUACAUCAAUAGGAAAGUCGGGGCAACCUAUAUUGCUGCAGUUACCCCACACGGGCAGCAAGCCUGGUUUUUUACAGACUUCAGGAGACACCAAGUCUCACGCCCCUCAGUUUAAAGUUGUGACCAUCGGUGGGAGAACAGAGCUGAAGCCGAUGCUGGGCGGUCCUGGCAACCAGUUGACCACAUUACAGGCUCAGCAGCUGAAGGCUGUACAGAUUGCGAAGAAAACACCAACAUCAUCCGCGGCACCAAUCAAGUACAUCAUCACGAAAACUGUCAAUAGCAAAGGCAUCAGUCCUCAGACAUCAGUUCCUUCUGUUAUUACUGGACGGGUCCUGACACAGAACUCCUCAGGGAUGCCUUCGAGGACAAUAACUCUCACUGAAACCCACAACACUAGUAUACAGAGCCUCCCUGGCAAGAAGAUUGCUAUUUCACCCCUGAAGACUCCCAGCAAGGUGACUGUUGUAUCUGUGGCCUCACCAACCUCCAACUCCACUCAGAAGUCAGUAACGCUGCCUGUCAACGUAGCACUCGGCCAGCAGAUCCUCACCGUCCAACAGUCCACGUCUUCCUCUCCAGUCAAGAUGGCCACUAACCAAGGCACAGUACAGAAUCUUAAAACAAUGCAGUCUAUGACUGUUGGAGGAGUCGGUGGCUCCCAGUUCAAGACCAUCAUCCCGCUGGCCACCCAGUCAAACGUUCAGCAGAUCCAGGUGCCAGGGAGCAGGUUUCACUACGUCCGCCUCGUCACAGCGACCACGGCAAGCAGCACAGGACAGGCCACUGGUCCCAGCACCAGCUCUAUACAGACAGCUAAACCUAUGGUGGUCAGUACAGGAGCAGUGAGGAUGUCGGUCCCUAUGAUCGCACCACAGACCAUGAAACAGGUGGCACCUAAGCCCUUGACAUCGGCAGCACAAGUAGUAACCACUCAGACCCAGCAACGCCUGAUCAUGCCUGCAACUCCACUCCCCCAGAUCCAGCCCAACUUCACCAACCUCCCUCCAGGCACCGUCCUAGCACCAGCCCCCGGGGGCGGGAAUAUGGGCUAUGCGGUGGUGCCAGCACAAUACGUUACACAGCUCCAGCAGUCCCCCUUUGUGACCCUUGCCAGCAGCUCUGGUUUCCCUGCGGCCACUGGUAUCCAGACUCAGGCCAGACUGCCACUUAAUGGCUUGUCGACAGCAGAAGCGACCUCAAGACCAAGGAAACCAUGCAACUGCACCAAGUCACAGUGUCUCAAACUAUACUGCGACUGCUUUGCAAAUGGAGAGUUCUGCAAUAACUGUAACUGCAACAACUGCUUCAACAACCUGGAGCAUGAAACGGAACGUCUUAAAGCUAUAAAGACGUGUCUGGACCGGAAUCCAGAGGCCUUCAAACCUAAAAUUGGUAAAGGCAAAGAGGGAGAGUCAGACCGUCGGCACAGCAAAGGCUGCAACUGCAAGCGCUCAGGCUGCCUGAAGAACUACUGCGAGUGCUACGAGGCGAAGAUCAUGUGCUCGUCCAUCUGUAAAUGCAUCGGCUGUAAGAACUUUGAGGAGAGCCCGGAGAGGAAGACUCUGAUGCAUUUGGCCGAUGCAGCAGAAGUGAGAGUUCUGCAGCAGACUGCAGCCAGGACCAAGCUGUCGUCACAGAUCUCCGACCUGCUCAUGAGGUCCACACCUGUCAUUUCAAGUGAAAGCGGAAGACUGCCAUACACGUUUGUAACAAAGGAGGUGCUUGAAGCGACAUGCGAGUGUCUGAUGGAACAGGCCAAAAAGGCAGAACAGACUCAUCAGCCUCAGGCUGAAGCAGAGAGGGUGAUCCUGGAGGAGUUUGGACACUGCCUCAUGAGGAUAAUUAGCUCCGCUGGGAAGGCAAAAGCAGACUGCGCCUCUAUCAACUGCUAGGCAGAGCCCUCCCAAGGCCCUCCACCCUCUAACCUGCCAUGGCUAAGGAGCUAAGAGGCACAGAUUACUCUGCAUUCUGUCUCGGACCCCUGGAGUUUCUUUCCUGCAGGACAACAGGUUGUCUCCCUCAUCAGGAGGCAGAACAAAGUAAAAGGAUUCCCCUGCCUGGGCCGAGCUAAAGCCAGCUGGAAUAAUAAACAUGGAACAGUUGUUUGCGCUGUUCACCCUCUAACUGAAGGACAAAUGGACGCCGCAUAUGGUGGAUCUGCCUUCGAAACUGUUAAUCACACCCAUUCCACUGGCUGUGAUGGAUAGAAAUGACUGAGAGAAGAAGUGCUGAACAGGAUUUUAAACAUCUCCUCACUUUAUUUUCCCUACAGGGCCCUGUCAAAUCUGUGUUCUCCACACUUUCGUUGAUCCAUUUUAUUCUAUUUUUACUUUCUGUCUUUCUCAUGUUGAAGUUUUUGAAAAGAAUGCCUGUACUUUUUAUGUAAUCCAUACAUUUUUGCUUACAGUAGCCAAGCAGAACAUGUAUCUUUUGAUAUUUAUUUUGACAAAUAUUUGUGAGCGCUAAUAUUGUGUGGCUUAUAGUGCUGCAAACUGUUAAUUAUUCACUGCGGCUAGGCUAAAUUGUUUUAAUGAAAAUGAUUAGAAGAGGUUUUAAUCAUAAAUCCAGUUGUAAUAUGAAUGCACACAUAAUGCAUUUUGCUCUCUCACACACACACACAGCGCUGCUCAGAGUAGUUGGCUAGACUGGCAGAGGUACAUAUUUUUAUCUGGUGCUGCUUCCUGUUUUAAUGCUUACUGUACAUUAAAAACACCAUCAAUUAGAAAAUAAUUGAGACUUGUUAAGUUUUGUCCCUGAAAUCUAAAAUUACCUCAUCCGUCCAAAGCUGCUCUGAUGGGGCACAGACACAUUUCCGAGCAGGAAAACCACAGCAUUAAACAUGGCUGCUUCUCAUUUACAUUUUUUCCUUUCCAAAGUCCUGGUGUUGUUUGCCGGCUCACUUUAGGUGCCUGAAAGCUCUGUCACAACUGAUGAAUAAGGCUGUAUCUUAUUGUCACUCAUUAUUAAUUACCCUGCUGAUUUUUCUUUUUCCUCAAUUAAUUAUUUUGUCUAGAAAAAUGUAAAAGAGAAAAAAUGGGAAUGAAUGCCCAAGGUUCUUCAACUGCCUUUUUUGUUUGUCCUUUUUUUUUUUACAAAUCAAACUUUGAUGACAGUGAUGUUUUUUUCACAGGUUACUGACAAUGAAACUUAAUCAAGCCAGUCAUACAGUCAUUAUGAAGCCAAUUAGCUUAAUUUUGAAGUGUUAAAUUAUAGAUAAGUCUGGUUUUAUUAAAAAUGUUUAUCCAAAAGUCUCACUUGUUCUUACGAGGUAUAUCAGUAUUUAGUGGUAUAGAAAAUACUAAAGUAUGCAUAGCUUUAUGUCUUAAGCGUUUCUCUAUAACUUGAAACAUCCAAAACUAAAAGAAAGAGAACUAAACAAAGUUUGAAAGGCAGCAACAUUUAGUUUUCUGAAACUAAAUCAUCUAUUUUGUUAAUCAAUUCAUUGUAACUUAAGUUGUUUUAAUGUUAAAUAAAAGGGUUCAUCAUC